CCCCAAAGCGGAAUGGUCGCGCACGCGCACUAGCUGUCCCUUAAUCCUAGCCUCUCUUUCAUGUCGCGGUCAGGUGGACAAGAUGUUCACGGCUAACGCGAAGAUAAUUAAAAGCGGCGGCUCGGAGCCCGACCAAUUCGAGGCGGGCAUCUCCAAUGCUCUUCUGGAACUGGAGAUGAACAGCGAUCUGAAGUCGCAUUUGAGGGAACUUUAUAUCACUAAGGCGAAGGAACUAGAAACAAACAAUAAAAAGUCGAUCAUCAUAUACGUACCGAUGCCGAAACUGAAGGCAUUCCAAAAGAUUCAGACCAGAUUAGUACGCGAAUUGGAGAAGAAGUUCUCUGGCAAGCAUGUGAUGUUCGUCGGCGAACGUAAAAUCUUACCGAAGCCGACGAGAAAGACGCGCACGAAGAAUAAGCAGAAGCGUCCUAGGAGCCGUACGUUGACUGCGGUAUACGACGCCCUGCUGGAGGAUAUUGUCUAUCCUGUCGAGAUUGUGGGCAAACGAAUUCGAGUAAAACUCGACGGCUCGCAAGUAACCAAAGUUCAUUUGGACAAAAAUGAACAAACGAAUAUCGAACACAAGGUUGAUACCUUUGCUUCGGUGUACAAACAACUAACUGGGCGGGAUGUAACAUUCGAAUUUCCCGAAUCCUAUGUAUGAUUUAUUAAAUAUUAAAACAUUUGAACCAACGUA